AUGCCUUCUUCAAAUUAUCCUCCUCAACAACCCAUGGGUGGGCUUGGGCACAAUGGAUAUCCUUCCAAUCCGAACAUACCUUCAGAAUCGUACACACGAGAAUAUCAAGCCCAAGCUAUCAACGGCCAAUCUUACCUCCCACCUCCAUACGUGAUCCCUCAGUAUCAGCAACCCCAGUCUCAUUAUAAUCCACAACCUCAAUACACUCCUCAACCUCCUCCUCAGCAACCAGCAGAGCCAAGUAAAAGUGCGGAAAAGAAACGAAAAUCUCCCAAAGCUUCAACUGGACCAAAAACCGAAGCGGCGAACCCUGUUGCCGUAGACGGUGUCAUCCCAGCUAAGAGAGGUAGACCAAGGAAAAGUGCGAAUAAUAUAACUGUAGCAGAAUCAGUGAAUCAGGAUCAACAGCAGCAGCAGCAGCAACAACAACAACCAUCCAUAAUGGUUUAUCCACCACCUCCUCCGAUCCCCGGACAAAGAUAUAACCCAUCGCCUCUGUUCACCAACGACAGUGCAAGAUCGGGAGAUUCAACACCCCUAUCUGCCGGUGGAGAUGUUAAAAUGCGCGACGGUGUACAAUUGCCCCCUAUGGGAUCUUGGGCACCCCCUUCCAACAAUUCUUCACCCAAUUCCGCAAAUGCAAGAAACUUUCCAAAUCAACAACAACCACCUUAUGGUAGUCCUGGAAAUGGAUGGUCGUCUAUGCCACCGAAACCACUGAUGAACGCCGAACAGCAACAAUGGUCGCAGCAAUAUCAAUCUCAAUCCGAUUCUCAGAUCCCGACUCGCGCAAUGAAGAGAGAAAGAGAGUCAGAUCAGGAUAACAGCAAUAGGCCAUUGAGUGACCCAGGGGAAGUCGAAGCUUCUUUAGCUCUUGCAGGAUUAAAAAGAAGGGAUAGCGCUCCGACAAGUGGCAAGAAACCUAAAAAGGAAAAGGAAGAUACUAAAUCGUCGAAUAAGAAAGCUGACAAGGAUGGAAAGAAAAGUUGUGCGGAAUGCAGAAGGUUGAAAGCGAAAUGUGAUAGAGUAUUCCCAUGUUCCAAUUGUCGACGAAGAGGAUGUGCACUUGUUUGUCCAGAAGGUGAUCUUAGUUGUAUGCAAGGCAAAAGAUUGGUUUUAGCGUCGACGGAACAACUUCAUGAAAGGAUCGCUCAACUGGAAUCAGCAUUAUUCCAAUCACACGGCAGAACUUCCACAGGUCAUCAUCCAUUACUCGCCCCUGAAUACUUAGAUGGCGGAUUUGCUUCUCUCCCACCUCCACCGCCAUUAGUUCAAAAUGACUCGCUAGACAAUUCUCAUUCGCCCAAAUCUGGUUCUCAUUCUCACUCAAAUGGAGAUGUGCACAAUCAAUCACCUAAAGGACCUUCGUCAGCUUCCAGUCUCAUCCUUGCCACACCUCAACUAUCAGCCGAGAGAUCAAGCUCUCAAGGUCGUAUGGCCGUCGAAAGCUUGCUCACGGAAGAUGCAGCUGCUCCGGAAGGUAAGAGAGAAGAUGAAUGGGCAGGUGAAAAUGCUGCUCCUGCUAUGAUCAUCGGCACUGCUCAAAAAGCUCCUUCCAGAGAGGAAGUGCAGAGAAAAGCGGAAGCUUUCUGGAAGACCUCCGUCUGGUAUCAAACGGUGUUGCACAAAGAGGAAUUCGAUGCGAUUUACGAACCGGCUGUAUUUGCUCCAACACCCGCAAAUCCACUGUCGCCGCAUAAAUUGGCUGUAGUCUUGAUCGUACUGACAUUGGACACAUAUCUUGACAUUUCUUCCGAUGAGGAAAAUCUGGUGGUUGCCGAAUAUUGGGACGCUUUCCAACGAUGUUUUGACACGCGGUUCGGAUGGGCUGCGAGUGUAGCUGGAGUUCAAGCUCUGGCUUUAGCUACUUUGUUUGUUGGGUUUGGAUGGCGGGGAGCAAGAGCGUCCAAUUUCUACUGGUUAAGACAGAUGACCUCCGCCUCAAUGCAGCUUGGGCUUCAUAAAGAUCCUCAUCCAUCUUUACCUGAAGAAGAAAGGGAAUUCCGUCGUCGACUUUUCCACGAGAUAUUUGUGCUUGAUUGCUUGAUCUCCCUCAACCAUGGUCAAAGGACAGCCAUCCCGAUAGAAUAUGUCGAGGCUGCGUACCCCAAGAGUGCUACAACAUUGUCAUUGAAGAAAUACGAUUUCAUGAAACUGGUGAAAACUCAGGUGAUCGAUAUUGGCUGUCUACCUGAUUCUGCUCCUGCCAAUUGGGACACGGUUGAAGAUGUCAAGAACAAAUUGAUGAAGUUUGAUGUUACUGCUAUUCCCUGGCUACAUUGUCCACUAUUGAGAGGAGAGCCUCUGCCCCCAUCUGUUGAAGGCUUUACAGGAGAGGACGCCCUGGCGCUCCAAUCUACCACUACUUCCAUGUGUCAUUACAAGGCCAUGCUUUACCUGUUUCGACCUUCCCUAAGACGUCUUGUUGCCCGACUUCGGUCACAACCUCGCGAAUCGAUCGUAUUCAGUGAUGCUGAUCGAGAGACGGUCUCGAUGACCUACCGAGCAUGUCAUGCCAUCACUCUCACAUCUUAUUACAUGGCUCGUAAACACCCCAGACUGAUGGCUAGGUGCUGGAUGGUCUGGGUUCAGACUUUCUCCGCUGCUGUGUCAAUGGCAGCUCUAGCUAUUUGGUGCGGACCCCACCUCGAGAGUACCUUUGUGGGUUCUGCCUAUCAAGAGUUGAGCGAGGCUUGUGAUAUGAUUGGCGAGAAUGGAAGUAAGAGGAGUCUAGGUGUUCUUUCCUUGUUACCUAUACUCAAAGCAUUGGUAGCCAACCGCUAUCCGCAAGUCGUCGGCAAGCAAGUCAACGAGACUUCAAUCUCGCAAGAAGGAGAAGAUAUGUUAUUUGCCUUAUUGGGCGGACAAGUUGAUGGUCGAGAUACCUCUUCCGCGUCUCAGAAUAAUACACCUUCAAACGCCCUUCAAGUAAAUCCGAAUCCUCCCCAAGUCUCCGUACCAUCUGUCCCGUCUGCAGCGACGAAGACGCAAUCGAAUACUCACCUAGGACAAGAUUCGGGCGAUAUGAAUAUACCCUUCCAAGCACCUAUGAUGAAUCCCAAUGCCGCUGCUGAGGCGUAUGCCAUAGGACCUUACUCUCAACCGAAUUCGACGGGAUGGUUCCUCCCUCCUCCAGCUACCAAUGGGGAUAUGGUCUUAUCCCUUGCCCAAUCUGCGCCCUCCGCUUUACCUCUCAAUAACAACAACAACAACAAUAACAGCAACAGUAACAAUGACGCGAACGGGAAUAUAGAGAACCCCACUGAACUUUGGGCGAGGUUACAGACUUUCUAUGAACCUACGCCAAUCUUCUGGAAUGGUAUGGCCUUUGGUGGGAUGCCUGUGGACGGUUUGACCGUUGGGAAUAUGCAGAAUAAUACGGGGGGUGCGAAUGCUGUGGCUGCUGGAGGGGUUGGUUUUGUCGAUUAUUCUGGACCAAUGUACUGA